UGCUCAGCACACCAGACGGUGACAUCUCCCCACAUCCUGCGAUCAGGAUUGCAGUGGCCCUCACUGAAAGCUCAUGGAGAUGACAAGCGCCAGCCACACUGGUGCCCAGUAAGUGGCUACAGCCCUCUCGUCCCAGAAGUCACAUGCUCCGUCCCCUGUGAACUCCUUCUGCUGAGCUGGGGACAGGCAGGGCCUGGAGAGGAAGCAUGCCCGUUUCUCUGAGGGUCACCCCAAGCCCUUGUAAAUGGGCCAAGCCCAGCCAGUCCCCAGCCUUGCAGCCCCCCCUCCCCCCGUGCCACCUGCCUCUGCUCCCAGGUGGGCAGUGACCUGCACAGGUGCGCUGGGGGAGCAGCCGGCCCUGGGAAAGACGGGCCAUCCCUGCGCUGAUGUGUGUUUGCGUGUGUCCCAGAGCACACACAUGUGACCUUGGCUCCAGCUCCAUAAAUGCCCCAGGCGUGCAGGGAGGGCACCCGGAGGCAGACCCACGCCAUGGCGCACCUGCAGCUGCUCGUCCUGGGCCUCGCCUGCUGCUGGGCGGCGGCGGGCGCCGCGAAGCUAGGCGCGGUGUACACGGAAGGAGGUUUCGUGGAAGGCGUCAACAAGAAGCUGGGCCUCUUGGGUGACUCUGUGGACAUCUUCAAGGGCAUCCCCUUCGCGGCCCCCACCAAGGCCCUGGAGAACCCCCAGCCACACCCUGGCUGGCAAGGGACCCUGAAGGCCAAGGAUUUCAAGAAGCGAUGCCUGCAGGCCACUAUCACCCAGGACGACACCUACGGGUCUGAAGACUGCCUCUACCUCAACAUCUGGGUCCCCCAGGGCAGGAAGCAAGUCUCCCGGGACCUGCCCGUCAUGAUCUGGAUCUACGGAGGCGCCUUCCUCAUGGGGGCCGGCCACGGGGCCAACUUCCGCAACAACUACCUGUACGACGGGGAGGAGAUCGCCACGCGCGGCAACGUCAUCGUGGUCACCUUCAACUACCGCGUCGGCCCCCUCGGCUUCCUCAGCACCGGGGACGCCAGCCUGCCAGGUAACUAUGGCCUCCGGGAUCAGCACAUGGCCAUCGCCUGGGUGAAGAGGAAUAUUGCGGCCUUUGGCGGGGACCCCAAAAGCAUCACCAUCUUUGGGGAGUCGGCUGGAGGCGCCAGCGUCUCUCUGCAGACCCUCUCCCCCUACAACAAGGGCCUCAUCCGGCGAGCCAUCAGCCAGAGCGGUGUGGCGCUGAGCCCCUGGGUCAUCCAGAAGAAUCCACUCUUCUGGGCCACAAAGAUCGCUGAGAAGGUGGGCUGCCCCGUGGACAACACCACCAGGAUGGCCAAGUGCCUGAAGGUCACUGACCCCCGAGCCCUGACGCUGGCCUACAAGAUGCCCCUGACGGGCCUGGAGUACCCCAUGCUGCACUACCUGGGCUUCACCCCCGUCAUCGACGGAGACUUCAUCCCCGACGACCCCGUCAACCUGUACGCCAACGCCGCCGACAUCGACUACAUAGCGGGCACCAACAACAUGGACGGCCACAUCUUUGCCGGCAUCGACAUGCCCGUCAUCAACACCAAGAACAAGGAUGUCACGGAUGAGGCCUUCUACAAGCUGGUCAGCGGGCUCACCAUCACCAAGGGGCUCACAGGGGCCAAGUCCGCCUUUGAUGUCUACACGGAGUCCUGGGCCCGGGACUCGUCCCAGGAGACCAGGAAGAAGACCGUGGUGGACUUCGAGACUGAUAUCCUCUUCCUGGUGCCCACGGAGAUCGCCCUGGCCCAGCACAGCGCCAACGCCAAGAGCGCCAAGACCUACACCUACCUGUUUUCCCAUCCCUCCCGGAUGCCUGUCUACCCCAACUGGGUGGGGGCCGACCACGCCGAUGACAUCCAGUACGUCUUCGGGAAGCCCUUUGCCACCCCUCUGGGCUACCGGCCCCAAGACAGGACUGUCUCCAAGGCCAUGAUCGCCUACUGGACCAACUUUGCCAAAACUGGGGACCCCAACAUGGGCAACUCGGCUGUGCCCACACACUGGGAGCCCUACUCCCCGGAAAACGGCAACUACCUGGAGAUCACCAAGAAGAUCGAUGGCAGCUCCAUGAAGCGGCACCUGAGGACCAGCUACCUGCGGUACUGGACCCUCACCUACCAGGCGCUGCCCACAGUGGCCGGCGAUGGGGCCGCCCCCGAGCCCCCCACCAGUGACUCCGAGGCCGCCCCCGCCCCCCCUACGGGUGACUCCGAGGCCGCCCCCGCCCCCCCUACGGGUGACUCCGAGGCCGCCCCCGCCCCCCCUACGGGUGACUCCGAGGCCGCCACCGCCCCCCCUACGGGUGACUCCGAGGCCGCCCCCGCCCCCCCAACUGAUGACUCCGAGGAGGCUCAGAUGCCCACAGUCAUUGGCUUCUAG